GCAUUCCAUAUUGGAAGAAGAGCUUUCUCUACAUGAAAAAAAUGCCUUUGUUUAGUAAAUCACACAAAAAUCCAGCAGAAAUUGUGAAAAUUCUGAAAGACAACCUGGCCAUUUUGGAAAAGCAAGACAAAAAGACAGACAAGGCAUCAGAAGAAGUGUCGAAAUCACUGCAAGCAAUGAAAGAAAUUCUGUGUGGUACAAAUGACAAGGAACCCCCCACAGAAGCAGUAGCUCAGCUGGCACAAGAACUCUACAAUAGUGGGCUGCUGGUGACACUGAUAGCUGACCUCCAGCUGAUAGACUUUGAGGGAAAAAAGGAUGUGACCCAGAUAUUUAACAACAUCCUGAGAAGACAGAUAGGCACUCGGAGUCCUACUGUGGAGUACAUUAGUGCUCAUCCUCAUAUCCUGUUUAUGCUCCUCAAAGGAUAUGAAGCCCCACAGAUUGCCUUACGUUGUGGGAUUAUGCUGAGAGAAUGUAUUCGACAUGAACCACUUGCCAAAAUCAUCCUCUUUUCUAAUCAAUUCAGAGAUUUCUUUAAGUAUGUGGAGUUGUCAACAUUUGAUAUUGCUUCAGAUGCCUUUGCUACUUUUAAGGAUUUACUGACCAGACAUAAAGUGUUGGUAGCAGAGUUCUUAGAACAAAAUUAUGACACUAUCUUUGAAGACUAUGAGAAAUUGCUUCAGUCUGAGAAUUAUGUGACUAAGAGACAAUCUUUAAAGCUGCUAGGUGAACUGAUCCUGGACCGCCACAACUUUGCCGUUAUGACGAAGUACAUCAGCAAGCCAGAGAACCUGAAACUGAUGAUGAACCUCCUGCGGGAUAAAAGUCCCAACAUCCAGUUUGAAGCCUUUCAUGUUUUUAAGGUGUUUGUGGCCAGUCCUCACAAGACACAGCCUAUUGUGGAGAUUCUAUUAAAAAAUCAACCCAAACUGAUUGAGUUUCUGAGCAGCUUCCAAAAAGAAAGGACGGACGAUGAGCAGUUUGCUGAUGAGAAGAACUACUUGAUUAAACAGAUCAGAGACUUGAAGAAAACAGCCCCUUGAAGAUCUCAUCAUUUCCUGCCACGGUCAUUCAUCUUACUUGUCCAGUCUGUACAAAAAGUGUCAUUUCAAAAGUCAUUCUGGGGAAGGUUUUGGAGGGCCCUAUUUUUUCUCAAUCAGUUGUUCAGGAUAGAUGGAAUAUAAACAUUCAAAUGGAAAAAAAUUAACCUAGAAUAAUAUAUUCAUUUUAAUCAA